ACUUCCCACUGGUCAUAAGCACAAAUCAGACUCGAGCAAAAACAACUCUUUCCAUGGGAUCAGCUAUAAGAAGAAUGGCCGUCCAGAGAGCAGCUUAGUUUCUUGGUGUUACCCGUGGAAGGUUGGUGGACAUUUCUGAAAAAAGCACUGGCUGGCUUAUUUGUCUCUAUAUGGUCAUUUGCUGUUUCUUCCGGACCAAAGGAGCAGACUGGUUAACGAAGAAUGCUGUCAGAAGGUUAUCUCAGUGGACUUGCCUACCAGAAGGACAUCCACUGGAGCUGUUCAUCUUAUAAUGAGCAGGUGGUUGAGAAGGAAGAAGAGACAAAAUCUGCUACACAUUCCUAUUGCUCUGUGGAUGAAACUCAAGUCCGAAGUCUGUGCAUGAGCUGCAAAUCCUCAGACAAGAUUAUUUCUUCAGUGGACUCAAGAGAGAGCCAACACGAUAGAAAUCGGAGAACCACAAUGCUGCAGACAAACCCCAAUCCUGUGUUUGAAAGCCCCAGCUUGGCUGCAGUGGAAGUAUGUAGAGACUCUAGCAGAGAGACCUACUUGGUUCCACCUUCCUGUAAAAGUAUUUGCAAGAAUUACAAUGACUUACAUAUUGCAGGGGGCCAGGUGAUGGCUAUUAAUUCAGUGACAACGGAUUUUCCCCCUGAGAGCAGUUUUGACUAUGGCCCUUUGCUGAAAUCCUCUGAGAUUCCUUUGUCCAUGGAGGAGUCCAUUUCCACUCAGCCCAGCGACUUUCCCCAAAAGCCUAUCCAGCGGUAUUCAUCCUACUGGAGAAUAACGAGUGUCAAAGAGAAGAGCAGCCUGCAGAUGCAGAAGCCUAUUUCUAACGCGGUGCUUAACGAGUACCUGGAGCAGAAGCUGGUCGAGUUAUACAAGCAGUACAUUAUGGACGUUGAGUUUCACGACAGUUCUCCCACCCAGAUUCUGGCGUCUGAACUCAUCAUGACAAGUGUGGAUCAAAUUAGUCUCCAAGUGUCCAAAGAGAAGAAUCUGGAGACCUCCAAAGCCAAGGACAUAGUCAUUAACUGCCUACUACAGCUGGUGUCGGGUGAAAUCAGCACCCCUAGUCUCCAUAUUUCUCAGUAUAGCAACGCCAAUCCAUAGACAGGACGCUUGCCUUCCUCCUUCUCAUCUCCUCUGAGCAAGAACAACGUUUUGUUCAUUUACUCUGAGAAAGUGCAGGAGGUGGGGUGCGGGGGACUCCAGAACUAAAAAGUAAAGGUUGGACAGAGGUCAAGUGUGAAUUCAGAGGCAAUCUCCUACUAUUGCACAAGAUGAAGGCAUGUGGGAAGAGGAUCUAUAAAGACUCACUUCAAAGCAAAGGCGGUAUAGCAAUGAAGCACACAUCAAAACGAUCCAAAGAGAAAAGCUAUGAUUCACUUAUAGUAGUAGACAAGUUGAAAAAGAAACCAAGCCAAAGAAGAACACGCAUCAUGGAAAAAUAAAAAUGCAAAGGUUUCAGGGUAAAGAGUUAUUAUUUGUUAAUCAAAUAAAUUCCUCCAAGUUUUUUUUUUUUUUCUUGAGAGAAAUGGGAGUUUAGAAAGGUGCUGUAUUUGGGUAGAAAUACCAGUUUAAACCGUUUUGAAAAUUGGUUUCUAUUUCUUUUCUCUAUUCUUUAUCAGCCGAUCAUUUAAAAUGUAGACUCUUUAUAAACAUUCAAACAGUAGCAAAUUCCAACUGUGUUUUUUUUUUUAUGAUUACUUAGUGACACGCACAGAACAGCCACUCGAACCUUCUAGUUUUGUUUACUAGCGAAGGUGAAGUUUUCCAAAUGGAAAAUAGCACAUUGUGAUUUUUUUUAAAAGAUCUUAUUUUUAAGUAAUCUCUCCACCCAAUGUGGGGCUUCAACUUACAACCCUAACAUCACGAGUCAUAUGAUCCACCGACUGAGCCAGCCAGGCCCAUGAUAUUCACGUGGAGAAUAUUAAGAUAAUUCCUUUUAUUUUGCUAUAUAUGAUUUUCUUGGCGGUACUAAGCUGCAAAACAAGUUAUGAACAGUAAUUCCAGCCCCCCAUCUUUUUCUCCAUUCUUUCUUGACCCUUUUGGAGCCAGGAAGGGGUCUUCUGUAUCCUCCAAACAAGGUUACAUAUUCCAGGGUCUCAUGACAGCCAGUUCUGUCAAUGCAAGGACUAGAACGGUAGCUUGAUGAACAACCACACUGCUCUACCCAAUUCUUCUAGCUCACAGGAUGGCAGAACACAGCUUGCUGGCCUUGUCCAGCCUGCUGCCUAUUUCUUAAAAAGUGAGAUAUAACUGACCUAUCACAUUACAUUUAGUUUCAGGGGUAUAAAAUGUAUCUAUUGUGCUGUAUGCAAAUUACACUGUGUCCCUGUAUCUACUGCAAAAUGAUUAUAAUAAAUCUAGUUACACCCCUUUUGAGCCCC